CCCAUAACUGCCAGCGCCUAAGCCCCACACGCACACCCCUCGGAUCACCUACUGUCCGGGAGCACCACCUCCAGGACCCCCGUGCCCACCUGUAUCUCUGGCCAUGAGCAGCCCCACAGCUUACCCUGGAAUCAGGAUCUCGGGGUGCUGGGCCCUUGGAGCAGAAGGCAGCAAUGCAGAGUCCUUGGACAGACUCCUGCCACCCGUGGGCACUGGGCGCUCGCCCCGGAAGCGGACCACCAGCCAGUGCAAGUCCGAGCCACCACUGCUGCGCACAAGCAAGCGCACCAUCUACACAGCAGGCCGGCCACCCUGGUACAAUGAGCAUGGAACUCAGUCCAAAGAGGCCUUUGUCAUCGGCCUGGGAGGUGGCAGUGCCUCUGGGAAGACCACCGUGGCCAGGAUGAUCAUCGAGGCCCUGGACGUGCCCUGGGUGGUCCUGUUGUCAAUGGACUCCUUCUAUAAGGUGCUGACCAAGCAGCAGCAGGAGCAGGCCGCCCACAACAACUUCAACUUCGACCACCCGGACGCCUUCGACUUCGACCUCAUCGUUUCCACCCUCAAGAAACUGAAGCAGGGCAAGAGUGUCAAGGUGCCCAUCUACGACUUUACCACCCACAGCCGGAAGAAGGACUGGAAAACACUCUACGGUGCCAACGUCAUCAUCUUUGAGGGCAUCAUGGCUUUUGCCGACAAGACACUUCUGGAGCUCCUGGACAUGAAGAUCUUCGUGGACACGGACUCUGACAUCCGCCUGGUGCGGCGGCUGCGCAGGGACAUCAGCGAGCGAGGCCGGGACAUUGAGGGUGUCAUCAAGCAGUAUAAUAAGUUUGUGAAGCCCGCCUUUGACCAGCACAUCCAGCCUACCAUGCGCCUGGCGGACAUCGUGGUGCCCAGAGGGAGCGGGAACACAGUGGCCAUCGACCUGAUCGUGCAGCAUGUACACAGCCAGCUGGAGGAGCGUGAACUCAGCGUCAGGGCCGCGCUGGCCUCUGCGCACCAGUGCCACCCCCUGCCGCGGACGCUAAGUGUUCUCAAGAGCACUCCGCAGGUGCGGGGCAUGCACACCAUCAUCAGGGACAAGGAGACCAGCCGGGACGAGUUCAUCUUCUACUCCAAGAGGCUGAUGCGGCUGCUCAUCGAACACGCGCUCUCCUUCCUGCCCUUCCAGGACUGCGUCGUGCAGACCCCUCAGGGCCGAGACUACACGGGCAAGUGCUAUGCGGGCAAGCAGAUCACCGGCGUGUCCAUCCUGCGCGCCGGAGAGACCAUGGAGCCCGCGCUGCGCGCCGUGUGCAAGGACGUGCGCAUUGGCACCAUCCUCAUCCAGACCAAUCAGCUCACGGGCGAGCCCGAGCUCCACUACCUGCGGCUGCCCAAGGACAUCAGUGACGACCACGUGAUCCUGAUGGACUGCACGGUGUCCACAGGCGCAGCGGCGAUGAUGGCCGUUCGCGUGUUGCUGGACCACGAUGUGCCCGAGGACAAGAUCUUCCUGCUGUCGCUGCUCAUGGCAGAGAUGGGUGUGCAUUCGGUGGCCUACGCGUUCCCGCGCGUGCGGAUCAUCACCACGGCCGUAGACAAGCGCGUCAACCAGCUCUUCCGCAUCAUCCCGGGCAUCGGGAACUUUGGCGACCGCUACUUUGGGACCGAUGCGGCCCCCGAUGGCAGCGACGAGGAAGAAGCGGCCUCCAUGGGGUAGCGGCCAGACGGAGAUGCCCUGUCCCCUCCCAACGCCUGACCUGGCCCGGCAUGGCAGAGUACAAAGUCUCCGAUUUAAUUAAAACUUAAUUAAAAAUGUUACCAAUGUAUUUAUUCUACAUACUUCAUAAAAUAAACCUUUAGAAAAACGAA